CACGAACUACUACAACUACCUUUUUCAUCAAUCAGAGAGUUUAGUCUCACAACACGACAGCGAAGACGACAACGACGCCACGAUACUCCUUUAUAAGAAUCAAGAACGUCCACCAUCUUUCAUCUCUCUCAACUCCAACUCAACUCACUUCUACACUCAAUUGAACCCCUGAUCCCAACUUCAUCCCCUCACACGUACAGCUCAUCAAUCCAUUUUUCUCAUCAACUCAACAUCCAGCAUGGCCCCAAUUCCCUUUGGCGUGAUCGGCACCGGCUGGAUCACCGACUCGUACAUCGUCGGUGCCCACGCGACAGGCGAAUGGCUAUUCUCUGCCGUCUCCUCGCGCUCCGCCGAGACGGGCAAGAAGUUCGCAGCCAAAUACGCUUCAGCGAACCCCAACAUCAACGUCCACACCUCCGUAGAGGACAUCGCCGCUGACCCUAGCAUCACAACCGUCUACAUCGCCUCGCCCAACAGUCUCCACUACUCCCAAGCGAAGACGGUCCUCUCCGCCGGCAAGCACGUCAUCCUCGAGAAGCCUGCAACCGCCAACCUCAAGCAACUCGAAGAGCUCUUCGCGCUCGCCUACUCCAAGAACCUCAUCCUCAUCGAAGCCUACCGCCACGUGCAAGAAGCCAACUUCAAGAUCCUCAAAUCCGCCAUCUCCACCAAACUCGGCGCCAUCCUCGGCGCCCGCCUCGACUUCUGCCAACUCUCCUCAAAAUACAACGACGUGAUCGCCGGCCGCCAACCCCAAGUCUUCUCGCGGCAAUACGCAGCCGGCUCCCUCGUCGACCUAGGCGUCUACAACGUCUCCGCGGCCGUCGACCUCUUCGGCUCCCCCGACAAAGUCGACUACGUGCCCUACAUCCUGCCGCAGACCGACGGCGCCGACGGCUCCGGAAACCUCCUCCUCAAAUACCCCACCUUCCCCGUCAACCUCACCAUCUCCAAGAUCUUCACCUCGACCGCCCCCGCCGUCGAAAUCUACGGCGAAAAGGGCGUCCUCGUCGCCCCGACACUCACGGACAUCGAGUCCGUCACAUUCAUCCCGUCCGGCAAGAACACGACGAGAGAGGAGCUUGCGGGCCCGAAAGAGCCCGCGGAGUUGAACUUGAAGGAGGAGGCGGCGGACCACGCGAGGAUCAUACAGACGGCGGAUUGGGAGGGGGUGAAGAAGUGGGAGGCGCUUAGUAGGGGGGUUGUCAAGAUCACGGAGGCGGCGAGAAGGCAGAAUGGGAUUGUGUUCCCUGGGCAGGAGUUUGAGGGGUAGAAAAUUUAAGUAAAGGGGGUUAGAUGAAUGGGGAAUCAAACGGGGAUUUUCCCAUCGACUUUUUUACAUCGAUACAGAAUAGAUUUUUCUCCAGAAGAAGAGAUGAUGGGACAAGAAUGAUGGAGGUCUGAGUGAUGUUUAAGUUCGCCUGUGGAACAUUGCUACCUUCAAGGCAUAUCUUCCUGGCUACCUAUCUGUCUGCCUGCCAUAUAUGUCUAUGGGUUAGAAGGGAGAGGGGGAGGGAGAAACGCGACACCCGUGGCCCUCUAUAGACUUUCCAACUAGUUGAUCCGAAUACGUGCAUACAUUAGGGCAUUAAGUAUCAAAUACCGUUGGGAAAGCAUGGCAAGUAUCAGCCUAAUUUUUGAAGUAAGUUUAGCGGGAUUGUUAGUUGGUGUGAUAUCUAGGACCUUGGCUUUAG